GGAGAGAGAGAGAGAGAGAGAGAGAGAGAGAGAAGGGAGGGGAAGGAGGAAAGGACUGACAGUAGAGCAGCAGAUUAAAAAAAGAGGAAGAGAAGGAUGAGAUGAAGGAGAAGGGAGGGAGAGAGAGAAAGAAAGAGAGAGAAAGAGAGAGAGGGGCAAGGGAAGGCAUGAGAUGGGGAAUGAUCAGUGGGUCUGUCUGUGGCUGGAAAGGUAGGAGCUGUCUCUGUCAGAGAGACCUCUGGAGGAUUUACAGUAAGCCAGAGGAGACAGACACACAACCAACAUGAGCAGAACCAUUUUCUUUGAGGUGGACAUUCUGGAUACUAGGACCAAAGAGCAGCUCUGCUUCCUGGAGAAGGUGGAUCCACACUCAACCAUCGGAGACAUAAAGAGUCUUUUUCACAAGUCAUACCCAAAGUGGUAUCCUUCCAGACAGUCUCUGAAGUUGGACCCCAAGGGGAAGGCCCUCAGGGAUGAAGACGUGCUCCAGAGUCUCCCUGUGGGGACCACGGCAACGAUGUACUUCAGAGACCUUGGGCCUCAGCUGGGGUGGACAAUGGUGUUCCUGGCUGAGUACAUCGGUCCUCUGCUCAUUUACCUCCUCUUCUACUUCCGCAUGCCCUACAUCUACACACACAAGUACGCCUUCACCGCCAGCCCCCAUCCUGUGGUCAGUCUGGCCUGUGUCUGUCACUCCUUCCACUACAUCAAGAGGUUAAUUGAAACUAUAUUUGUGCACCGUUUCUCCCAUGGCACCAUGCCUCUGAGGACAAUAGCGAGGAAUUGUGUCUAUUACUGGGGUUUCUCAGCCUGGUUGGCAUACUACAUCAACCACCCACUCUACACACCACCAUCAUAUGGGGAGAUGCAAGUGAAUUAUUCGCUGGCUGCAUUUGUAUUGUGUGAAGCAGGGAAUUUCUCCAUCCAUCUGACCCUGAACAACCUCAGAGGAGAAGGGCCCAGGAGCAGAAGGUUCCCCAGCCCAACUAAGAACCCCUUCACAUGGCUUUUCUUCUUUGUGUCUUGUCCCAAUUACACAUACGAGGUAGGAGCCUGGGUCAGCCUCUCUAUCAUGACACAGUGUGUUCCAGUGGCCCUGUUUGCGUUUCUGGGCUUCAUCCAAAUGACCAUCUGGGCAAAGGGCAAACACAAAACCUACACGCGGGAGUUUAAAGACUACCCUAAUCUACGGAUGCCUAUUCUGCCUUUCAUCCUUUGAGGAGAGAGAGAGAAAGAAAGCAAGAAGGAAACAGAGCAGCAUCUCCCAGUGUUUGAUUGACAUUCAGUGGUUUGGUCCUCACCAUCACAUCUGGAUCCGUCGACGAAGAGUGUCAGAACAGUCUCUGUAGGACAGCUUUUGCAGCUUGAUGAUCAGCAGGGGUACGCACAAGCUGUUCUACUGUUAAAAAUAGAGACAAGCAAAACACACUCUACAGCAACGCCAAGGAACUGACACCAAGCGCUCAGUGUAAACAGCUGUUCUGUUAUUACCAUACCACUUACUGAGUGACAUUGUUAAGACAACGGAUGGCCAUAAUCUUCAAGGUAUGAUGAAUAUUCUCGUUACGUUGAUCAUAGCACUGAAAAGCCUUUGGGAAAGCCAUAAAAUCCUUCAAGAACCUUUUUAUAGUACCCAUCUAAUAUGAAUUCAUGUUAUUUCAGGACAAAGCAAUAUGUGUGUGUGUGUGUGUGUGUGUGUGUGUGUGUGUGUGUGUGUGCUAAUCCUUAUAGUGGGCAACAGCGUAACAUAACCAGACCUCCUCAGGAUACCUUCAGACUUAGCAGGUAUUAUACACCGCUUGUGACCUUAAACAUUGUUCAAAGAGCAUCGUUUCAGGACUAAUGGCUGAUGGCUGAUUCUUUACCACAUUUAUAGAAUAACCAUUUAAAAUGCCAAAUAGGGUGAUGUUGUACAGUAUGUGU